AUGCCAACUUUGUCGGGAAUACGACGUUUCUCCAGAGCUGAGGCUGCUGAUAUUCGCAGCAACAUUCCAGAAGCAGUUUUCUGGUCUGAUGUAGAGGUGGCGAAUUGGAUUGAGGAAUGUGGUUUUCCGCAAUAUAGGCAAUGUUUCCUUGCCAACUUUGUCACAGGGAGGAAGCUAAUUGCCGUGGACGCCUGUUCAUUGCCAGAAAUGGGAAUUCAAGAUUUUGAACAUGUCAAGCAAAUCACGGAGUUAAUCAGGAAUUUACUUGGUGUGCCAAAGUUCCCCGAACAGCGUGAUGUACGCAUGCGUGAUCCUCGCAUCGCGUACUUGGAGUUCAAGCGGCGGACCGGAAAAGAAACCGACAGCACCACCUACAACAGCUUCCUGUUUGAUAACCGACAUCUCUUCCCGAUGAGGAGAAAGUCGGGAUCCUUGUGAUUUCUUGGAAUAAUGACACCUUCGCUUUUCGAUCGUAACAUCACGGUUAUAAUGUCAACAUUAUCUGUAAAAUCAAUCGCUUGAAUAUUAAAAAACUCAAACA